AUGGUUGCUGAAUCUCAGGAUCAAGAUGGAGUUACUAGCCAGGAUGCUAUGGAAACACAAAAUGUCUUGGCUUCAAAUGGAAAUGGCUAUCUGCUGAAGGUGAGGAAACCCUACACCAUUACGAAACAGAGAGAAAGAUGGACGGAGGAAGAACAUCAAAGGUUCAUUGAGGCUCUUAAGCUGUAUGGCCGUGCUUGGCGCCAAAUCGAAGAACAUGUGGGCACCAAAACUGCAAUCCAAAUCCGGAGUCAUGCCCAAAAGUUCUUUGCAAAGGUCACCAGUGAUUCAUGUAUUGAUGCUGAGGGAUCUGUUAAUCCAAUUGAGAUUCCCCCUCCUCGGCCAAAGAAGAAACCUCUGCAUCCUUACCCUCGUAAAACAGUUGAUUCAUCUAAAACAAAAUCGAUGGUAUCUCUUCAACCCGAAAGAUCACCCUCACCCUACAUAUCUGCUACUGAAAGAGAGAAUCUCUCUCCAACCUCGGUUUUAUCUGCCCUUCUUUCUGAUGCUUUUGAAUCUGCUGAGGUGCAUACAUCUCGUCUCUCUUUGGCUUCAUGUGCUACGGAUGCACAUUCUGCUAACUUACUAUCUACAGAUAAUGAUAAUCAAUAUGUGAAACUCAGCUUAGCUACAGAAGAAGAUAAGGAUGUUCAUUUAUCGUUCCAAAUAUCUUCUGCUUCAGUACUGGAUAAUAAUUCAACCACGAUAUUCGAAUUGUUUUCUCAAAGCGCUGCAUGUUCUAUGGAGCAUCCAGCCACUGAAGAACCUGGCGCAAGUAUUAAGUUAUUUGGAAAGACAGUUGUGCAUUCAUUGAGCAACAAACGCGACAAUAUGGAGAACCAUUCUAGUUUUCCGUUGUGGGUUUAUUACAAAGGUCUGGUGUACCCCUACGACUCAUCAUGCAUCCCAAUAGCCGCAGAGAAUGCUGCAGAUUCUCCCUUGAAUGAAGGGCUAAAGAAUGAAGAGUGUCAAAUGACAAGUACUUCGGCUGAUUCUGAUGGCAGGUCGGUUAUUGAAGUUAAUGGUGAGAGCAGAGAAUGUGAUUCCAUUGAGACGAAGUGUAAAGAAAAAUACACAAAAGCUUUGGGACUCUUUUCAACUCUUUUUUACUGCACAAACACUUUAUUCUUGCACAGCAUAAAUUUUAGAGACCUGUGCCAGUUGAUUGCACAGUGA